CCACGCUUAUCCAUUAAACUUCAUAUUAAUUAUUUUUAGAGAGAGAGAGAGCGGGGAUGGAAGCGGAGCAGGUGGACUAUGUGCUAGUGCCGCUGGGUCUGCUGGUGCUGGGUGCAUACCACGUAUGGCUGCUGAUCACCAUCCACCGCCAUCCUAUUCGAACCGUCGUCGGCCUCAACGCUCAGUCUCGCCACCAAUGGGUCUUAUCCAUCAUGUCUGACCCCUUGAAGAAUGGUGUUUUGGCUGUUCAAACGAUACGCAACAACAUAAUGGCGUCUACGCUGUUGGCAACAACAGCCAUCACUCUCAGUUCUCUCAUCGGCGUAUUUGUCAGCACUACAUCAGACUCCGGCAACACAGCAUCCAGAUUAAUUUAUGGGAACAAGAGUCCGCUUCUCUCUUCAGUCAAGUACUUUUCCAUCUUGCUUUGCUUUCUCGUUGCCUUUCUCUUGAAUGUGCAGUCUAUUAGAUACUAUGCACAUGUUAGCUUCUUAGCCACUGUGCCCACAUGGAAAGGCCAGAAGGAUUACCUUGAGUAUGUUGCGCGAAACUUGAAUCGCGGAAGCUAUUUUUGGUCCCUCGGAUUGCGAGCAUUCUACCUCUCGUUCCCUCUCUUCCUCUGGAUAUUUGGUCCCAUCCCCAUGUUUGUGUGCUGUUGCAUUAUGUUAUUUGUUCUGUAUUUCUUGGACACAACCACCAGUUUUACUAGACAUCUUCACACUAAUUCCAUCCGAAGAACUGAUGAUGUCGAAUCAGUUGGAUAAUCGUCGUCAUAAGUUCUCGAAAAUUGCCUUAAUUUUAGUUUUUAUACUGUUUUAUUAGAAAUUUAGAAUAUUUGCAGGGUGUUAUGGAUCCUCUAUAUAUUAUGUGUAAUCGGGUAUGUAGUUAACUAUUAAGAUUUAUUGGAGGUUAUGGGAGGUUGCCGAGCGCAGUAGCGUUAUAGGAUUCAUACAGCUAACCCCAAUUAGUGGGAUAAGGUUUUGUUGUUGUUGGAGGUUAUGAGAUCGUUUGUAAAAUAAAUUAUUUGGGGGAUUUGAUUUAAUCUGACCUGAAGAAGUAUUUUUGUUU